GGCAACACGCAGCCGGUUGUAAGAAUAAUGUAACAUUAUAUUCGCAUUCAAAAACAAACCCUCUUACAAUUGUAUUUGCUUUUUAGUUAAUCGAAUUGUUUAUCGUGCAUCUUUCCUAGUAAAAAAACAUUUCCAUGGUUUUGCAGUGGCUUUUUUAAAAAAAUUAUUUAUUUAUUUUUGGCUGCGUUGGGUCUUCAUUGCUACACGCGGGCUUUCUCUAGUUGUGGUUUUCUUGUUGCGGAGCACGAGUGUGGGCUCUAGUGUGGGCGUCAGUAGUUGUGGCUCAUGGGCUCUAGAGCACAGGCUUAGUAGUUGUGGCGCACAGGCUUAGUUGCUCUGCGGCAUGUGAGACCCUCCCUGACCAGGGCUCGAACCCGUGUCCCCUGUAUUGGCAGGCGGAUCCUUAACCACUGCACCACCAGGGAAGUCCCUGCAGUGGCUUGUUGAGCUCUACCAUUUUCCUAUUACAUAUGUAGCAAUUGUCCUCACUCCCGCAAAGCAGAAACGCUUUUUUUUCUUAAAACCUGCUGUCUCAGGCCACCCAUAGUUUUCCUGUUUUUGACAGUGACAUGAACACGGAGAAAUAUUUCCCUAUUAUAAAAAAAAAAACAGCAUAUGAAAUGAUAAAUGGGAACUGAAACUGCUUCAGUUAGAGAUUAUAGGGUUUGGUGGGAGAACUGUCCACUUGGCUAGAAUACACCUGGUUUAAAGAUGUCAGGAAGUGCUCAGCUCCAGCCAGUUGCUAUCUAGUUGGAAUUGGGCCCCUGUGUUGUUAGAUAUUUUAAUUUUUAAGAGGAGCCAGCAAUCUGGACAUUAUGGACUCUUUUCAUCUUUGCGUAAUGGCUCAAAGUGCAGACCAAACAAAACAAAUCAUAGGCCAGGUGCAAUCCCAGGCCAAUAGUUUGCUAUCUUUGGUUUAAAUUAUAAGCACUUUAGAACAGGAACUUAUUUUGUUCUUUAUUGUUCUCUAUGCCCAUAACAGGUCCCCUCACAUAUUUGGUAGUCAAUAAAUGUGUUGAGUAAAAGAAAAAAGAAAUGGACACUGUCCUUAAAAGGUUAUUAGGGAUCAGGUGGUACUGAUUGCCUAAAACAUUUCUAGAGAGAGAACGAUAACAUUUAUUGAGCACCUGUUGUAUAUCAUACAUAAAAGUACAUUAUCUUAUUUAAUGCUUCUAUGAUGCUACUUAGGGAUUUCCCCUUCCCUACUUUAUAUGAGGAAACAGGCUGAGGGAGGUGAAGUAACUUGCCCAAGAGCAUACAGCCAGUAAGUGAAAAGCCAGUGGCUUCUGAUGCAACUGUGGGUCGACUGAUUUGCUGUUUGAGCAAACCCGUUCAUUUCUGGUGGGUAUUUUAGCCGCCUGAGUGAGAACUGGAGCAUACUGAAAAUUGAAGCAUCUCCUCCAAAAGUUUGAGCCGUCUAAAGCACUUCUGUGACUCAGCCAUCGCUCAGUAUCCACAGAGGAUUGGUUCCAGGAGCCCCUGUGUAUAACAAAAUCUGAGGAUACUCAAGUGCUAUGUACAUUACUUAUAAUUUGAUAAGGCUUUUUGGAGAUGGUGGCAUCUUCUCCCUAAUGAUUAAUGAAGGGGAAAAGGAAAGGAUGCUAAUAUUUAUUUUGAACUAUAUGCCAGAACUUUUUUCCUCUCUCUCUUUUUUUUUUUGCGGUACGUGGGCCUCUCACUGUUGUGGCCUCUCCCGUUGCGGAGCACAGGCUCCGGACGCGCAGGGUCAGCAGCCAUGGCUCACGGGCCCAGCCGCUGCGUGACAUGUGGGAUCUUCCCGGACCGGGGCACGACCCGUGUCCCCUGCAUUGGCAGGCGGACUCCCAACCACUGCGCCACCAGGGAAGCCCUAUGCCAGAACUUUUAAUGUCCAUUAAUUAAUUGUUGUGGUGAUCCUGUGAAAUAGACUUAUCCUCAUUUUGCAGCUGAGGAGACUGAAGCGCAGAUUGGUUAAAUCUCAGGUCACUCAGUUAUUAAUUUAAAUGGUCAGUUAGGAGACCUUCUGGAGUCAGUCUGAACCCAAACUCUUAUCACUCUACUCCAUGCUGAGAUAAUUUCAUGCUUGCUUGUUACCCAAUUCCUAAUUAUCCUGUGACCACCAUUUAUCUAUAUGGUUCAACAGAAAUAUUUCACGCUUUGAGUGCAAAUUAAUAUCUGGACUGCAUGGCUAAUGUAUAGUAUUCCCUAAUUAUGUGGUGAUUGUUUUUCCAGAGGGCUAGAAAGCUGCAAGAUUGGCUUUUGUCCUAAACCAUUUGUAGCUAUGGACUUGCCAGAUAAAAGCCAGUGGGAUGAAACUACCUGUGACCUGGCUGUUUGUCAGCAUCCACAAUGCUGGGCAACUCUCCGCCGAAUUGAGAGGGGCCACCCUCGAAUUCUGGACUCCUCCCGCAAAUCUCCUCCAGAUGCUGAAGACAGACUCCCAGUGCUCACCAUUGUAAACAUCACAGAUUCCUGCUUCCAGGCCAAGAGACUUGCUUGUGGUCAUUCAUCAGGAUUUACCUUCCCCAAGGCUCACUCUUUAUUGUCUCAACGUUCAAAGUUUUACUCCAAAUUUCAACGCCGGCCUUGGAAGGAUUUACCUGACAGAGACUUAAUACACCGUACUAACAGAUCUCCCAAACUAUCAGUGCUAAAUUUGAAUGAGACACAACUUCCUUGUCCUCAAGAUGUAGGAAAUAUGGAUGUAAUUUGGAUCCCAGAGAAGCAUAUGAGUCCAGCUGAGAAGAAGCAUAUUAUUCGCAGCCAGGAUGGGGAGAUGAAAAGAAAGAAAUCUACAGGGAAACACAAGUCAUCUUGGGACACAGAAGCACAGUUGGGACUUCCAGGGAUGAUUGUGCCUCCUCCCUCCCCAGUACACUUGUUUGAAGAACUAAGUUCAGAACGCGUACCUUUAUGGAAGCAGUAUGACAUGUUACCUCAGGAUCUACUGAAGGACCUCUUGCUGGAUAAAGGGAAAACCAUACCUUAUCUGGAGAUGCAGACACAGUUGGCCAUGAUGAAAAAGAAACCUCCCCUGGAAAAGAGCCGACCUUACAGUGCCAUUUCUGCUAAGAUGCAUUUAUCUGUACGCUGCCUCACCCAGCAAAGACCAGCAUUGAGAUACCCUGAACAUUUGAAGAAACUAUAUUACAACCUGACAACAGAAGGUUACAGGAAGCAGCAGUGGCAGCAGCAGAGGAAGGUGAAGACAGCUACUGGGAAACAGGAGGCUAAAAAGAAAUCCAAGAGUGAACCAGGGAGCCACAACACCUCUCAUAAACGUUCAGGUCACAGAACUCUACCAGGUCGGGAAAGUGACGAAAAACAGCAGCAGCAGAUGAAGAUAGAAGGCCCCACUUCGAAACAGGAUUCCACAGAGAGACCACAGAUGGACUGCACUAAGAAAAACCUGGAUUCCUUCCCUGGUAGGCAGAGUCCUGAAUUAUCCACAAUAGAAUGCACUAACAAGGACAUCAGGACUCAGAUGGAGAUUUUGCUGGAAGCCCAAGAGAGGACCCCAAACAGUACUUCUAACAGCUGGAACCCUGAGCUCAAACUGCUGAGGAUUCUUCGGGACACUGAUGAAGAGGAUGAGGAGAACCAACCCUCUGGGGCACAGAGUGAAGAGUCUCUGGAGGCAUAGGCGGAAGGCAUCAUGGGGCAGCCUUAUUCCAGAGCAGGAUGCUUGGAUUCCUGAGGACAGUGACCUUGGACAUAAGGGCAGGAAGGAGAGGGGACUUCUACUUCCUGGAGCCUCUACCGGGGUCUGACCUUAGGGAUUCUGUUUGCUUCAUUCACUUCUACUUGCUUCUAAAAUAAGCGAGGGAGAAAGCCCCACCCCUUUCUAACUUAGACUCUUUCUCUUCCAUUAGGGCCAGGAUAAUUUUAGUGAUUAAAUACAACUGCUGCUUAUCAAAAGACUCAUUUCUCUGUUUCUGGGUCACUUUUAUCUUCUCUCUGAAACUGAAAAGUUUCUAGUUACAGGAAGAUGAAUUUGGCCUGUGGGAACCCCUGCUGUGUUGCUUUUCCUCUUAUUCCCUGGAAAUGGUUUAUUUUGAGGAUGGCAUCUGCAUCAUUAUCAAAUAACAUUCAUUGUGCUGUGUGGUAUGUGUAGUAUUCUUUGUGUGGUAGAGGACUCAUAUUCACCUAAAAGAGUCUAAGGAUCCAGUUCCUAAGUACUGAGUCUAUGGGAAAAUUUCAGUGAUGUUCAUAAAGACGCAGAAUUUCAGAGUCUCAGGGUUGCUUGUACUUGGUUUUUGGAAGGAUUUCUAAAAAUGUUUUUGUCCUUAAACUUUUCAGUACAGAAAAAUUUCAAAAUUACGUAAAAGAGAAUAAUAUAAGGAAACUCAGGAUUUAAG